AAGCACAGCCCGUCCGAGCAGGGUGGGAAGCACGAGAAGCACCAUGGCAAGCAUCACCAGCGCGAGGGGACGAACCCGAUCCCGACCAUGGGGACGCUCACGCAGGCGCAUCUGACUAAGAAGUAUGGCAAGUGGGGGCGUGUUUUGGGCAGCGGGGCUGGUGGGACUGUUAGGCUGAUCAAGAGCGCACCGAAGCACGGAUAUAAUGGUGCCAUCUUCGCUGUCAAGGAGUUUAGGCCAAAGCGCGCAGGCGAGAGUGAUAAAGAGUAUCAGAAGAAAGUGACCGCCGAGUUCUGCGUCGGUGUCACCCUGAAGCAUAUCAAUGUGAUCCACACGGUGGACAUUGUCAGCGACCACGGGCAUUACUACGAGGUCAUGGAGUACGCUCCGUACGACCUGUUCAGCGUGGUCAUGUCCGGCAAGAUGACGCGCCCCGAGAUCUACUGCGUCUUCCGCCAGAUCUGCGACGGCGUCGAGUACCUCCACUCGCUCGGGCUCGCGCACCGCGACCUGAAGCUGGACAACUGCGUGAUGACAAAGGACAACAUCGUCAAGCUGAUCGACUUUGGCACCGCGACGGUGUUCCACUACCCGGGCAAGUCGACGACGCUCGCGUCGGGCGUCGUGGGGAGCGACCCGUACCUCGCCCCCGAGGUGCUCAGCCAGGAGAAGUACGAUCCGCGCAAGACGGAUGUGUGGAGCGUGGGCAUUAUAUUCAUGUGCAUGGUCCUGAGGCGGUUCCCGUGGACGAUUCCCGAC